AGUAGGAGUAUAAAAUUCAAAAAGAGGGGAAAAGUGGAGUCUAAGAUUUGUGCGGUCACGCUUGAUUAUUCUCAAUCGGGCUAGUGGAUUCGAGGGUUACGUAACAAAAUUUCACAUUCAUUCAGCUAUAAAUAGAAAGGGCGAGCCAAAUGGCUGAAGAGGAAGUGAAUUGUUGCCUGUGAAGAGGAAGAAGAGAAGGAGGGUGUGUCAAUGGAGGAAGCGAAUAACAAUAAUGAAUCACCCUACAUUUCUUCUGUGUUGCCUGGAUGGUUCUCUGAGAUUAGCCCUCUUUGGCCUGGGGAAGCACACUCAUUGAAGGUUGAAAAGAUAUUAUUUCAGGGGAAGUCAGAUUACCAAAAUGUCAUGGUUUUUCAGUCAUCAACUUAUGGAAAGGUGCUUGUUUUGGAUGGUGUGAUACAACUCACAGAGCGAGAUGAAUGUGCUUACCAAGAAAUGAUCACUCAUCUCCCACUCUGCUCAAUUCCAAACCCCAAAAAGGUGUUGGUUAUUGGAGGAGGCGAUGGUGGUGUCUUGCGUGAGGUGUCUCGGCAUUCUUCUGUUGAACAGAUAGACAUAUGUGAGAUUGACAAGAUGGUAAUUGAUGUCGCUAAACAAUUUUUCCCUAAUGUAGCCAUAGGAUAUGAGGAUCCCCGGGUUAAACUCCAUGUUGGUGAUGGAGUCGCAUUUUUGAAAAAUGUUCCAGAAGGAACUUAUGAUGCUGUUAUAGUGGAUUCCUCUGACCCCAUAGGUCCAGCCCAAGAGUUGUUCGAAAAGCCUUUCUUUGAAACAGUAGCAAGGGCUCUUCGUCCUGGAGGGGUUGUCUGUACACAAGCGGAGAGCAUAUGGCUUCACAUGGACAUAAUUGAACAUAUCGUGGCAAACUGCUGCCAGAUCUUCAAAGGCUCAGUCAACUAUGCCUGGACCACAGUUCCUACUUAUCCAAGUGGUGUUAUUGGUUUCAUGCUCUGUUCUACUGAGGGACCUGCUGUUGAUUUUAAGAAUCCUACUAACCCCAUUGACGCCGAUGAUAGCCACACCAAAACUAGAGGACCCUUGAAGUUCUACAACUCUGAGAUUCACUCUGCAUCGUUCUGUUUGCCAUCUUUUGCGAAGAGGGUGAUUGAAUCCAAAGGAAAAUGAGUCCUCGGCGGAGCGGAGGAUUAGCUGUUUUAGAACACCUCAUUCUUGCCCUAUGCAAGACAGGAUUAUCUAGCAUUGGAAUUUUUAUGUUUAAUUUGAUGCUGUGACUGGCCAGUUGGAAGAGCUGUAUGACCCACAGUGGCUUAUAAAUGUCUUGUUCCUGUUGUUCUAGUUGUAAUAAUCAUCCUUUAACCCAAUCCUGAGUUCAAUGAUUGACAUUUUUCGCCGGAGUAUAUUGCAUCUCUUUAUCUCCAUUCGUGAUGCCACUAUUAUAUGAACAUGUAUUUGUUUAGCCAAGCUCUCAAGAUUUGCUUAUAUUGAGAAAUAAAAAUAUUAUGUCAAAA